AUGUCGGAGAUUCAUCGUCCUUCAAACGAGCGCCAAGAGGACGAUUCCAACGUGGAGUCACUAGAAACCAAAAAGCUGAGAUAUCGCAACGAGUAUAAAUCACCUCUUGAAGAUCACUAUAUACCGAGUUAUGUGACGGGCGGUCUUCACCCUGUUCUUAUGGGGGAUCUCUUUAAAGAUGGACGGUAUAAAGUUGUGAACAUGGUUGGUGUUGGAUCGUUCAGUAACGUCUGGGCAGCUCGAGACACUCACGCACAAGACAAUCAGAACAAUAAUGACGUUGUUUGUCUGAAGAUACUUAAAGCAUCGUGCUCACAGGGAGAGGUAGGUGAGUUGAAGAUUAUGCAGUACAUUGAAGCAAACAGUGCCACGACGCAUCCUGGACGCAAAUACCUGCCACGACUCUUGGAUCACUUCUACCAUGAUGGACCAAAUGGCAGACACUUGUGCAUCGUCAUGAAUAUCCUUGGUUCAAAUGUCUGGAAGGUUCGGAGUGAAGCUCAUUUCUCAGAAAAGCUCUCUCAUGAACUCUCACGUCAUAUCUCUAGACAACUCAUUCUUGCAGUCGACUUUCUCCACUCAAUUGGCGUGGUGCAUGGAGACAUAAAUGAAGGGAAUGUGGCAUUCAAGAUUCCCCGGAUCGAGAGGGUAUGUUUCGAUGAAACCUUCCAAGCGAAGGUAAAACGCCGUGACGGUGGACCAUUGGAAAAGGGCAUACCAGAAAUAGUUGUAGACCCAUUAGAACCCCUCAGAUACGCUGAAACAGAUGAGCUCAGCGACAUUCAGCUGAUUGAUUUUUCAAGCGCAUUUCUUGAAGCGCAUCCGGCGGCGUCUGUAGCCACACCGGUAGAUCUGGCACCCCCAGAAGUCAUAUUCAAGCAGCCGCUGACCAAAGCGGUGGACAUCUGGAAUUUGGGCUGUGUUACAUAUCGAUAUUCAACGGGGCAGGAACCAUUUUCUAUAAUACUUUCACGAGAUAACCGGGAGCUCAUACCCCAAAUCUAUAAGCUUUUAGGGGAUGCUUGUGCCCCGUGGAUGCUUAAAGCAUGGAUUGAUGCAUCAGUAAAGAAAGUGUGGAAUGAUCUUCCACCACCGAAUAUGGUAUCUUGGGACCAUAGUAAACGCUUAGCUGAAAAGCUGCCCUCGGAUUACUAUUUCUCUGUGGCUCUACGCGGGAGCUGCGAAUAUUACAUUGAUUCCGAUGAUGAUGCUUCGACCACUAUGACAGACACACACAACGAGGGAAGUGUGCACCUAGAAGAGGAGGAUCUAGAGGACUCUGAGAUGGCAGAGGGGGAUGUAGAGGAGGACUGUCCAGAGAAAGAGGGUCCGGAAGAGCAUCACCCAGAAGUUGUUCAGCAGGCCUCUAAAGGCGACCAUGGAUACCAAGCGUACUUGGAGCUUGUGAAAGCCGCGGAGGCGUAUCCUAGGGAUCAUGCAGACAAGCGAGAAUUUUUGGAAUUGGCAACAUCCUACCUCAGCAAAAUGAUCGUAGCAGACCCGGAGAAGCGAGCCACAACUUCAGAGCUUAUUCUCCAUCCCUUCGUGAAAGAUAUUGGUUAUGACCCACAUGUUCGGUCUUCAGUUAGGCCUUUCACACCACAAAAUAGCAUAAUCUCGCCCCUAAUUCGACCCUUCGCCGCAGUCGAAGGGAUGAUCUGA